GGUUUGCGAACAGCUGCAUGAUGCUCGCAUGGGCCGUGCUGCGCAGCCUGCGAGCAGGUUCUUGGCUGAGCGCACCAAAGAGGUCGGGGCACUGGCACGGGCACAGCGCUGGCAGCUGGCUGUCUUCCUGGCGCUGGUGGAGACGCCGGCGGAGAUCCGAGAUUCACGACUACUCGCAGCGGCACUGGGGGCGCUGGGCAAGGGCUUCAAGUGGCGCGAGGCCCUGGCGCUGUUGCCGAGGCGGCCGGAGGCUUCGAGCAGUAACGCCGUGCUUGGUGCCUGCAAGCGGGCGCGUUGCUGGGCAGUGGCGCUGCGGCUGUGGGAGGCAACUCCAGCCCCAGAUCUUUUCACAUUUAACACGGCGAUCGCGUUAUGCAGCGUGGCGCCGCCAGAGCUGGCAGCAGAUGCCGCUGGCAGCCUGCUCGCCAAUCUGCACGCAUCAGCAUGCCAGCCAGAUGCUGUGACCUUCAACAGCUUAGCCAAGGCCUUCUCGCAUGCCAACCACUGGCGUGCCGCUUCCCACGUCGCUUUCGAGCUCAACCCCGAGGUCUCCUUGCCUGGAGCCACUGCCGCCAGUGCAGCGUGCUGGCGUAACAGCCUACUUGUGCUGCCGGUGCUGCGGCACCAUGGCGGCCGCCCGGACGUCAUGAUGUACAAUGCGAUUUCUGGCAGCUGCUCUUCCAGCACGCAGUGGCGGCUGGCCGUGCAGGUUCUCCACGACCAGUGCCUCUGUGAGCGGAGCCACCCCGACAUUGUGUGCUACAACGUGGCGAUCACUGCCUGCGGGCGCUCCCAGGCUAGCGUCAAGGGUUUGCUGCCGGAACUUCGCGCCCUGCGCCUGGUGCCGAACCGAGUCACCAUGAACUCGCUGCUCAGCGGAUGUGAUGGUGCGGGAGACUGGGAGGAGUCCAUCGAACUCCUCGCGCGCUUUGUGGGAGAAAGCCUGGAGAGCGACGCCGUGACUCUGACAGCCUUACUGGGUGCUUGCUCGCGAGCGGCGCGCUGGCGAGAGGCGGCAGGCUUCUGGCAGAAGAGCAAGGCUGAAGGCGGUCCAAGCGAUGCGCGCGCAGAGAGCGUGGCCGUUCUCGGCGCUGCAAAAGGUUUCCAGUGGAACUCAGCAUUGCUGGGCCUCUCAGAGCGGGGCGCUGCUGUCAGCGACUGGAUGGGUCACUGGGAGCAGGCGCUGGAGCUGUACCGAGGCACCAGCGCGAGCGUGGACUUCUCCAAUACCGUGAUCAGCGCCUGCAGCGCCGCCUGGCGCUUUGCCCUGCGCUUGUUCUACGCAGCGCGGAAGCGGCGCCUCGUGGAUCAGGUCUCGUACGCAGCUGCCAUGAACGCCUGCAGCGCGGCACGGUUGUGGCUUGAGGCACUGUCCUUGCUGCGAGCCAGCCAGCACCUAACAGCCUCUGCUUGGGGAGGCGAUGCCUUGACGAGUUUCAACACAGCCAUGUCGGCGUGCGAAGAGGGUGGCGCCUGGAGGAGCUGUCAGCAGCUGCUCACUGACCUGUUGCAGGCCUCCGUGCGCCCUGACCAGAAGAGUUACAGGUCGCCACUGCGGGCGGCUGGUCAGGCGAGAAGUUGGGAGACCUCCCUUGGGCUGCUGCUUCACAUGGCCCGCAGCCGCACCAAAGACAGCGAUUUCUCGGGCGCGAGCGCGUUCGUGUGGGCGGCCGAGAUUGGGGACCAGCCCAUCAGGAGCGAGGGCGUCUUCGGCUUCGCGAGAUACGUGCAGCCUCGGGUUUCUUCGGAUACUCGGCGCAGAGUCCGGCGUCCGGUGCCAGAUGAUGAUGGCGUGCAUGAGGCGCUGACUGCCAGGGCCUGCCUACAGUUGUCCUCACGCCUUCAGGGCAGUAUUCAAAAGAUUCUUCAGCCAAUGCGAGAUGGUCAGGGCUGGUACGGCUUUUGCUCGGUGUGCAAGCGCCCUGUGGACGUCAAGAUCGCAGAGCCCCAGCUCAUGCACACGGGCGGUGAUGUCCCAGCUGUUGCGCGCGGGCGGUGCGCCUUCCUGGUUUGCUUGUGGGGGAGUUCCAAGGACUAUGUCUUGGGAGCGCUAGUUCUUGGCUUUGCUAUCAAGCGGACAAGGACACGGCAUUCGCUUGUGUGCUUGCACACCAGCGACGUGCCCCUCGCGCACAUAAACUUGCUCCGGCUUUUCUGGGACUGCCGGCUGGUUGAUCAUGUCCAGGUGUCUGCUGCUAGCCGGCUCAGUACCGACGAUAAAGUCGAAGAGUCGCGAUUCUCCAACGUUUUCACCAAGCUGCGAGCGCUGGAGCAGACAGACUUUGAGAAGGUCUUGGUCAUGGAUAUCGACUUGCUUGUCGUAUCGAACAUCGACGAUUUGUUCGAGCUGCCUGCCCCUGCUGCCAUGAAGCGUGGCAUGAAUCGUGGAAGGUGGCCCUACAAGCACGGGGACGACCUGGACGGGGGCACCUUCUUCAGCGGGCGCGAGCCCGGGCAGCUGCACUCCUGGGGCCAAGGCACCGGGAUCAACGCCGGGGUCAUGCUGCUGGCGCCCAGCGCGCCGGACUUUGCCCAGAUGCAGGAGGAGCUGCUGGAACCGUACCACCCAGCUCACGCGCGUGGGAACGGCCCUGAGCAGGACUACCUGAGCCGAUUCUAUGCUGACCGCCCUUGGAGGCACAUCUCCGUUGAGAACAACUUCCAGGUGCAUCACAUGUACAACGCGCUGCACCCCUUGCUUGAUGACGCCGAGCGCCUGGUGGUGAGUCGCUCCUUCGAGAGCAUCCGGGUCAUCCACUACUCGGGGGAUGCCGGGGUAAAGCCGUGGACGCGGUGCCUGCAAAAGACCCACGGGUGGCCAAGCCGGGAUCAGGAUGAGCAGUACAUGGAGGAUUUUCUCAACGACUAUCACUCGUACCUCCUGUGGGUGAAGAAGGAGCGGGAGCGCUGGACACGAAUGGAGAGGCAUAUGUUCGAAGAAUCCAGCCUCAAGGGGUUCAGCUUGGGCGAGGACGGCACCAUCUAUCAUGAGGACGAGAAUGGGAAGGUGCCGAAGGAGACGUCGCCCGAGGCCAUCACUGCUGCUUUGGACGCUACAAGGUAUUUCCUCAAGUCCUGGUUCGACAUGCUGGAGGCUGCCAACGCAGCGUUGCAGCGGGACUUGGUGGCUGAUCUGAGUUCAGGCACACACGACCCCCUGCAGAAGUUCGACCGAUGGCAGGGCCCGGCAGGCGCAGAUUUGGCUGCAGGCCAGCGCCGGACAGGUGACGUGCUGGAGGACACAGCCAGCAAGAACGAUGCGACUUGGAAGAACUUCCGGCCAACGCAACGCGCUUCAUCUCGGCCAGGACCGCGCCUUGGCCGGACCCAGUCAGGCAAGGAGCAAGGGGCAGCGCGCGGAGGUGAGCCACGCUGGGUGCCCAAAGGGGAAGAAGCUCGCUUGCAGGUGGUGGUGCUUUGCUGUGCAACUGAAGAUGAAACGUUCGUGCGGUUUGCUGGAGCGGAAUGGACGGAGGCUUUCAACAAGACAACUUCUGAUGAGGAGAUCCAAGGCAUUUAUGUGAAGGACAACGCCAGAGCUGUGCGGAAUUACUGCGGCGAGGAUGCCCUGCCAAUUCUGCAAGGAUGGGUCGCAGCCAUUGAGAAAGGCGAGUUUGUGCUUCUCGCAGCGGUUGAUGUAGAUGCCCAGCUGAUGCAGCAGGUGCUGCACAUCUUGACUGACUUGGGGCUGCCACGGACGUCGGUGCCGUCUAAGAUCCGGGCGGUGGCAGUGGCCGGUGUUGCAGGAGGAAGAUGGCAGGCCGAGCAGAACCUGGAGGGCGUGAAUCAGGUGAAGAUUUCGGAGAUCGAGGACCUCCCUGACAAGAGCCAAGCAAGUGCCAAAGGCGCCAUGGACACCAAAGCCGCGGCGGACGUCGCCCGCACCGUGAGUGCCCCUUCGACCAACUUUGUUCGCUUGCAGUCCUUCUUGAAUAAUAAGUAUGACGCGCCGGGAUGGAGAGGGCGACUUGAACGGCUCCUCAGAUCCACAAAGUACGAUGUGUGCACCGGCAUCAUCAUCAUUGUGGAUGUGGGCCUGAACUGGUAUGAUAUUGACCUCAGGGCGUCAGGCGUGGAGACCCCACCAUGGCAGGAAUGGGCUGCUUCAUUCUGCCUGGUUAUUUAUUCGGCGGAAAUGACUGCGUUCACAGUUUUGCGGGGCCGACGUGUCCUGCAUGACAUGGGGUUCCUUCUUGACCUCCUGAUUGUAGCAUCUGGCGUGGCACAGAUUAUUCUCGAGGCCGCGGGCAUAUCCGUGGACCAAUUUACCCUGCUGCGCGUGCUGCAGCUAGAUUGCAUUGAGAGGGUAGUCCGCAUCAUGCGGCUCUUCCGCUUGUUCCGCAAGUUUCGAAUGCUGAAGGAGCUCCGGAAGCUUCUCAAAAUGACUGGCCUUUGCUUCAAGACGCUGUGUUGGUCCUUUCUGUUCUGCUUCGUGAUCAUGACCUCCUGGGCGAUGCUGGCGGUGGAGUUGCUGAACCCACUAAUGCCUGACAUGGUCGAUCUUGGGAUUUGGCAGGAUUGCGAAUUCUGCGCGAAGUCGUUGCAGUCGGUCUUUUUCGCCAACCUGCUGAUUUUCAAGACCGUGGUGGCUGGUGACAGCUGGGGUGAUGUUGCUGUGCCCCUGAUUGAACACCAUCCCUGGCUGGCGACAGGUAUAUUUGUCGGCUCGCACCUCACUAUAGUCUUUGGAAUCUUGAACCUGGUGGUGGCUGUUGUUGUCGACACUUUUGCAGAACAGCGGAUGCGGGAUGUGACUUCCAUGGCCAUGGACAUGGAGGAAGAUGCAGAGGAUGACCUGAGAGCUCUUGACCGGAUGUUCCUUGAAAUUGACGCCAACCAGGAUGGGACGCUGACUUUCGAUGAGCUUCUUGAAGGAGCCCGCAGGGUCCGGGAGUUUCAGAAUCGCCUGCGUGUAAUGGACAUUGACCAGAAUGAUUUGGAGCAGCUGUUUCUCAUGCUUGAUCAUGACGGCGGCGGGACCAUCGAUCCUGACGAGUUCAAGAAGACUCUCUCUAGAUGGGCCUUUGACUCCAAGACCGCCACGCGGUUUGUGCGCUACAACCUUCAGCAGCUGAUGACUGAGCACAGCAACGCUGCAGAGAAGAUAGCGCAGAUGGAAUCCAGGUUGGAAUCUGCGAUCAGCGCCACAGAGCGUCGAGUCAGCCAGCGGAAGAAGUCCACAAGACGCAAGCGGAAAUCCAGACCUGCCGGCCCGCCUGAGUGA